AUGAUUUUCCUGAAUUUGGACAGAAUAACGGAAGAAAAUCGGGAAGAUAGUGAAGAUGAAGAAGAUGAGACUGACAAGUUUGGAGAUUUUGGAACCACUACGUCAACGUUUAUAGAUAGCAGGCCUGCCAAAUUUGGCGGCUCGGGUUCAGGUUUCGGAUUUGCCAACUUACCAGUGAUAGAAAAGCUGCAGCCCAAGAAAAAGUACAGCUGGAGGAAAAAGCUAGAGAUGGAGCAGAUGAAGAGAGCAAAGAAGGAGGAGGAAGAUGACUUCGUUUCCACCAGCGAAAGUGACGAUUCACAAAGUCAAGCAGAGGAUUCUGAGGAAAGUUCUGAAGAAGAUGAAGAAGCUGAAGAGGAACCAGAAGAUGAAGUUGAAAAUGAUUCUGACCCCGAAAAUGAAAAUAAUUCAAGCUCUGAAAAAGAGGAGGAAAAUUCAGAAUCAGAAUCCGCCUCUGAGGUUUCUGGAGACUCUGAAGACAUGCCCAGAUUGAUACAAAACAAACCAAAGCACUCCAAAGUUGCCGAGUCUUUUAAGGAGUGGGCUGAGGAACAGGUAAAAAAGCUUGAAGGCAGAGAGUCUGUUCCUCUUCUUCCUCGAGUAUCCGAAAAAGUCAAGCAGGAAUACUCAAAACCACAAGUGCGAGAAGAAGAUAUAGACCAUUCUUCUGACGAAGAAGGGUACAUUCCAAUUAACAAGAACCUUCAACGAGAUGCCUUCUUUGUCACAGUUGACAGACCUGACAGUAUCCAGCAACUGAGAAUGCAGCUUCCAGUAUUCAACGAAGAGCAUCGCAUUAUGGAAGCCAUUAACCAUCACGAUUGCAUAGUAAUUUGUGGAGAAACUGGUUCAGGUAAAACCACUCAAGUACCACAGUUUCUCUAUGAAGCAGGCUACGGAAAUUCUCAGUCUCAACAUAAAGGAAUGAUUGGAAUCACCCAGCCUCGAAGAGUUGCAGCUGUGUCUAUGGCCAAUCGGUUGGGUCAAGAACUUGGAAAUCACGGCCACCGAGUAGGCUAUCAAAUUAGGUUUGAUUCCACAAUUUCCAACGAAGGUGAGCCCAAUGGAACAGCAGUCAAGUUCAUGACCGAUGGUGUUUUAUUGAGGGAGAUCAUGGCUGAUUUUAUGCUCACCAAAUACUCUGCUAUCAUUGUCGACGAAGCCCACGAAAGAAACAUCAAUACCGAUAUCUUGAUUGGGCUUCUAAGUCGAUUAUUAAAGUUGAGACGUCAAUAUCAUCAAAAGGACCCCAAAAAAUACUCACCUCUAAAGUUGAUAAUUAUGUCUGCAACACUUCGAGUAUCUGACUUUUCUGAAAAUACCGUUUUGUUCAAGUCUCCUCCUCCAAUCAUCAAGGUUGACGCCAGACAAUAUCCAGUCAGCGUUCAUUUCAACAAGAAAACACCGUUCGAGUAUCUCGACGAUGCUUUCAACAAAGCAUGUAAAAUACACCGAAAGCUUCCGCCCGGUGGAAUAUUGAUUUUUUUGACAAGUCAAGCUGAAAUCACGCAAACGGUGAAACGGUUAAGAGAAGAAUUCCCGCUCAAAAAUGCCUCAUACAAAAGUAUACCCAAGAUUCGAUUGAGCAAAGACGCAGACUCUGAAGCAGAAGAAAUAGACUUUUCUGUUGGCUUAAAUGAGAAAGGAGUCGAAGAAAUUGAAGACGACUACAACUCAGACUCCGAAGAAGAAGGUUUUGACGAAGAGAGGGAGGCACAUCAAACCGAUAACGACCCAUUGUAUGUGCUUCCUCUCUACUCUUUGCUUCCUACCUCGGAGCAAAUGAAGGUAUUUCAAGACCCUCCAGCAGGAGCACGAAUGUGCAUUGUAGCGACUAACGUUGCUGAAACGUCGUUGACUAUUCCCGGUAUUCGGUACGUUAUAGACUCUGGACGGUCAAAGGAAAGAAAAUUCAACGACGAAACCGGGGUUCAAUCUUUCGAGGUUGACUGGAUAUCCAAAGCUUCGGCGGAUCAAAGAGCUGGUCGUGCUGGAAGAACCGGUCCGGGUCAUUGUUACAGGCUUUAUUCUUCAGCAGUUUAUGAAGAUUUUUUCCUGCAAUUUAGCAAGCCUGAAAUCUUGCGUAUGCCAGUGGAAAGUGUGGUUUUGAAUAUGAAAAGCAUGGGAAUUGAUAAAAUCGUUAACUUUCCAUUUCCAACCCCUCCAGAUCGUGUUGCAUUGAAGGCUGCUGAGAGGCUCUUGGUGAUUCUUGGAGCUCUUGAUCGUGAAACUAAGGCUGUCACACCAACAGGAAAGUCCAUGUCUAUAUUUCCUUUGAGUCCUAGGUUUGCCAAAAUCCUUCUUAUUGGGGAUCAAGCAGGAUGUUUGCCGUACAUUGUUGCAUUGGUUUUCUGCUUUAUCUGUUGGUGA